AUGAUCCUGAGCAUGGCGUUGCAGACAGCCUCGCCUCCACGGGGCAGAGGCGACGCUUCCGCCCUCCAGACCUCGAACCAGGCCGCCUGGACCGAGUGUCCGGCUGUCCGGAGCCCUGGCGACAGUCCCUACCAGCCACAGCAACAGCGCCAGCAGACGCACCUCACUAGACCGCAGAGCAUGGCCCUCCAGUCGUCGGGCGACACGAGCCAAGCGGCCGGCUGUGGCGUCCUCACUUCGGCGUCGCAGCUCGAGCUUCCGCAUCUCGUCGCGACCGUUCGACAGGCCGCGUCCCCCCAGUCUCCGGGGCUGCCUCUGGCGGUGCAUCGUCCGCAGCUCUUCGUCGCUCCGCGGCCCAGCAAGGCCGUCAUCGGGUUCGCCAACCCGCCGUCCGGGCCGCUGCCUCCCGGCGCCGAGGGCAGAUGCGCAACCCUGGGCAGACGACCCCGAGCCGGCCAGACCGAAGGCUACGGCUUGCCGACCAGUUUGAGCCAAUUGCUCUACUCGCACGAGUCGGCCCUUCCAGCUGCCUCGCCGCUGCCCUCCGGCAUCGUCUGUCCGCAGCCUCCGCCCUCCACUUUGCUCUCUCGGUCACCAUCCCUGUCGCCGAGGGGACAAGGCCCGCCCGAGAAGAACACCACUGACCGGCGCCAUGGCAGCCACUCUUGCUUGACUCGAGACGCCGGAGACAGCCCCACCGGCUCAGACGAGGGCAGGAGUCGGGAGGCAAGCCUUCGCCUCUGCCAAUCGGCGUAUCGGUUUGACAAUCUUCGGUCGAGAAAUCGUCUCUGCGGCUCACGGGCUGAAAAU